AUGGCGGAGGAGCCCUCAGCGGCCGUAGCGCCCCCCGCGGCCCCGGGCGGCCCCGAAGCGCCCACACAUGGCAGCACCCUGUUGUUGCAGCCAGAGGCUGAUGACGCUCCGCUCGGGCCGAACAGCGGCGGUCCGGUGUUCCUUUUGUCGGAUAUGCGCGAGUCUACGUCGUACUUCCUCAACCCGCGGCCCGCGCUGGCCGGAUCGGCCGCUGGGUCCGCGCGCAGCGGCCGUAGAAAGGGAGCGCCCGGGAGCCCAGAACAAGCGGCCUCGCGGCCGACUACGCGGCACGGGGAGCGCGGGGGGGCGGCGGGGACGGAGGCGACGGAUCCAGAGGGUGCCUCGCAUCCUCCGCAAAAGACGACGUCGCGGAAGCGCGAGAGGCUGAUGCAGGACAUCGACAGCGCCGCCAAGGGCCUCGCAAACACCCUCGUCGGGCCCAAGGACCCCCGCUCCCCGCGGGCCUCCGUCAAUCCCCGCCGGGGGGGCACAGCACCCGGCCCGCUCUACGCCACGGCCCCGCUCGACCUCUCGCGCGGCGGUCCGAGCCGCGCAGGCCCGCGCCCGGCCCGAGCGACGCGCAAGAAGGCCCCUCCGGCUGCGUUCGCGAACGCCGACGCGUCCUCGUGGCCCCCCAAGGUGUCGGUGGAGGACGACGGCGAGGCUGGGCGGGGCCCGGCCGCGGGCGGGCAGCGCCCGGCCACGCAGUCCGGCGGGAUCACUGCCCGCGGGAUCCACGGCGCGCGGCGCGGGCCGUUCGCGGAGCAGGACGCCGGCGACGGGCCUGCGCGCCCGGCGACGACAAACCACGCGCAGCGGCCCGAGACCGUCGCGCACGACGCGACGGGGCGCACGGACCUGCACGUGACGAUCCGCGGCGGCGGCACGCCGGCGUCGCGGCCGUACACGGCGCCCCCGGAGGAGGCGGAGACCGCGCACAACAACCACGCAGGCAACUCCGCGGCGCCCAAGGAGGCGACGGUCCCGGAGGGCGGCGCGUCCGGCGACGGCUCGGAGGCGAAGACGGGCGAGCGGAACCAGUCCGGUUCGAACCGCGGCGACCGGACGGACGGCAGCGGGCGCGACGGCGAGAGGAGCGCGGAGGCGGCGGAGCGGGAGAGGGCCGAAGCGGACAAGAAGAAGAGGAGGCAGAGCGCGGUGAAGCGGCGCCGGACGGCGCGGAGGAAGCGGCUGCCGCUGGCGCAGAAGAGCCGGAAGGAUGUCGGCGGCGACAACUCGGACGGAGAGGCGUCGUCGGGCCCGGAUGAGACGUCGUUGCUGCUGAGCGUGGCGGUGCCGAAGCCGCCGAUGCCGACGGACGAGGACUACAAGCACCUGGCGCGGUCGAUGAUCUCGGUCACGGGCACGGAGCAGCUGGCGCUGAUGCGGGCGCGGCUCAACGCGGUGGAGCAGCGGGCGCAGGCGCGGCAGCGGACGCUGGACGAGCUCAAGGCGGAGCUGACGCGCUGGAACGGCAUCGAGUGGGAGAGCACGAACGGACCCGCGGCGAUGCAGCUGCAGCGCCUCACGAAGAAGCUCGAGUCCGUGGAGCACAUGAUGGCGAUGGAGGUCGACCGCCGCCGCACCGUCGCGCACCUCCUCUGGCGGUCCACGACGGAGCACGCCACCUCCCGCGAGCGCACGCGGAAAGUCGAGGUCGAGCUGCGGCAGCGCGAGCACGCGCUCAAGGCGGUCGAGCGCGAGACGCGCAUCGUCGAGGACCAGAAGGUCGAGAUGCAGGAUCGCGCGUACCGCAUGGCAGAGCGCGUGCGCUACCAGCAGCUGGAACAGGAGACGCUGGUGGCGCAGGUGGAGAAGGAGAUGGAGGCGGAGGAGCUCGAGCAGCACGCGUACGAGGCGCUGCAGGCCGUGAAGGACGACGUGCGGCGGCGCGCGGCGCAGGAGCGGCGGCCGAGUGCGCGCAGCGCCGUGCGGCUGGCGCAGCAGCGGAUGGCGGAGGCGCGCACGAUGGAGCUCUGGGACCAGCACGCGCGGAUCAAGCAGGACUUCGACGUCAUCUGCAACGCGGUCGGCGAGUCGGACAUCGACAAGGCCGUCGAGCGCGCGUGCACGGAGCUGGGCACGCGCAAGGCGCUGUCGCGGGACGUCGAGGACGCCGAGCACCGCAAGGCCGCGCUCCAGGCGCUCUCCACGCAGCUGCAGAGCGAGCUCGAGGUCGAGGUGACCAAGGCGCUCGAGCGGCAGGUGCCGGAGGCGCGGCUGCGCAAGCCCUUCAUUCAGCCGAUCCGGGACGCGGAGCAGCGGCUCUUCGAGAACAAGCAGAAGCUCGGGGCGUGUCUGCAGCAGGUGCUGCGCGCCAAGGCCGCGCUGCUGCACCUCGCGGAUAAGCUGGUCAACUUCUCGGAACAGAUGGGGAUGCAGGGGCCGGUGGGGAUCGGGCUUUCGAGGUCGAUCAAGGUGGUCAUGGACGAGGUGCUCGCGGGCACGGACGACAUCGAGGAGGAGGACGACGACGUGCUGCUGCGAGGUGGAGAUAUGUCGCGGUACACGUCGCGUGCGCCGUCGCGGGGCGCCCGCGGGUCGAUGGGGUCGGACGACGCGGACGAGGUCGCGCCCAGCAGCCCCGAGCGGCUCGCGGCGGAGUCGUCGCGGCGCUCGGUGCUCUCGAACCCGAACUCGCUGCGCUCGAUCACCGCGGGCCUCCGGUCGCCGUCGUUCGCGCGCCGCAACGACGGGGCGCAGGAGCUCAGCGCGUCCAUGCCGCUCCCGCAGCGCGUGCCGUCGCGCACGGGCCGCCCGGGCGGCUCCUUCGUGUACCGCGACCUCUCCAUGAUCAAGGAGGACGAGAUCCCGCGCGCCCUGAAGGCGGAGCCCAGCCGGGGCGCCCUCACGACCCGUGGCUCGCGACGUCAGAUGCCCAAGACGGUCUCCGCGAAGGACCUCGCAAACCAGAUCCUGGCGUUCGCGACGACGAAGAAGAUCGGCGGCGGGCCCGCCACGGGCGGCCGCGACGCCCCGUCCGGCGCCGAACCCGGGUUCACCGCGCAACCCUCGCCGCUGCGCGGCGGCGAGUACCGGCCGCCGGUCUUGGACGAGGACGCGGCCCGGAUGGACCGCGCGCGCGUGCGCGAGCAGCGCAGCCGCAAGCGCGCGGCGGGGAUGCCGCCGGACGUCCGGCCGCCCCGGCGCGACCCUGGUCCUGCCAUGUACCGGCGGCUCGAGAGCGAGAUCAUGUCGAUGGUCGAGGUGCUCGGGAUGGCCGCGCAGAGCCUCGCGCACUCCCCGCAGGUCAAGGGCGUGCUGGGGAAGAAGACGAUAUCUUCGCGUAUCUUUGAGCACGCGAUGGAGCAGGGAGAGGUCGGGCUGGUGUUGCGGCCCAAGGGCUCGCGCGGGCAGAAGGCGGCGCUGGCGCGCGCGGCGCAGGAGCAGGCGGCGCUGGCGCUGAAGGCGCGGCGGAAGUCGCGCGGCGGCGCGCUGCGCGGGCCGGGUAUGGCGCUGAUGGGGCGCGAGCCGGGAGAGUCGACGCGGGCGGGCGGGCCGCUGGCGGGCGGGGCGCGGGGGCCCGGGCGGGGAUUCCGGGACUCGGACCGGGAGGAGUCGGACGAGGAGCGCAUCGACCCGUACGCGCUGUACACGCAGCCGUCUGCCAACCUCAGGGUGGACGAUGCGCGGAAGACGUUCUUCGCGCAGCGCGCGGCGACGAUGAAGAAGACGGCUGCGGACCCGGACCAGGCGCGCCACCUGCGGCCCUCCCAGACGACGACGGGCCGCAGCGCCCCCGUGAUGGGCAGGACUCGCUCGAACACCGAGAGGACGGGCACACCGGGCGGGACGCCGCUCCCCGUGCCCCCUACCGUCAAGGAAUGA